GGUCUGGACGCCGAUGCCGCUUGCCUUCGGAUCCUUUUGUUAGUGUUCGCGUGCGGCAAACGACGUAUGAACAACUGACUUCGCUAAAAGAUUCUCUGUCUCUUCGGACUAUGAACAGCGUUGUCCUGCAUCUUCUGUCAAUUUACGAAAGUUGCAAAAGUAGAAGAAGCGACUCUUCAGAUCGAAUUGCAAGUGACAGCUCAUUGGAAGACUCAAGGACAACUCCAGACUUGGGAGGAGAUGACACUUCCAGCAUGUUCAUGCAACAGACAUUUGCUUGUCCUCAGUUACCUCUACCCCAGUCAGACACGGACAGAGUUUGGGUUCUGCACAAACAAUCAGACAGAAAGACUUCUUUACCAGCAAAGAGUCAACAGAAAUACACUUUGAGGAAACAGAGGAUACCCAACUAAGCUCCCUGGAGUCUGAAAGUGAUUCUGCUGAAGUGGGUGAUCAAAGAGAAACGUGUUUGAGC